CAUUAGACGCCCGCUCCUCCGUAUACACCUCCUGCAAGCAUCCGCCACGCGCACGACAUACGACAUGCAAGAAAGUAUUGAUUACGAGUCAAGCGAUCCAUGUGGCGAUGCAGGGACAGAGAUGGAUCCGCGCGCCGUGCCCGGAAAGAGCGGAAUCCAGCUCUGCGCCCCCGCGAUUUGCCCAUCUCUCCACGCCUUGGAAAUUUAGGCUGUUUGCCUGGAUCUGGAUGCGCGGCCGAUGGCUUGUCGCCAAGCGCCGACACAGCCGCGCGAUGCUGUCCAAACCGAGGUGAGAUCUGUUUGACAAACGCGGGUGUUUGGCGCUGGUCUUCUUCAAACGCAAAGGUUGGAUGUGUUCGUUGUGCAACUUUGUCGCCACCGCAGCCAUAUGAUCAGGUCGGAGAUCGAUGUCUGCACAAGGGCUUCCAAAUCGUGGCGACUUCUAAACAGAGCAUCGACUCAAUUCGUUUGACGAGCAGGGAUAUACAGCGGGCCGUGGGAGAAGGCUGUAGUCCUUCGUUUGACAUUCGCUUCAGGAUCCUCAUCUGUAAUCCCAUUCUGACCUCCUCGUAUGGAUCUUCGUUAGACGUCAUAAUAAAUCAUCUCCUAGUCCCUCAUGUCCGUCCAAGACGUCUUCCACAACCACACAAUGCCCUCCCUUCGCAACGUACUCAGAUUGGGAUUGCGCAGACCCCAAUACCCCACGAUGCCAAAGGGGGUAAGGCGGCAAUCCCAGUCCCAACCAUGGCCUUGAUGCACGUAGCGCUUGCGCGCUGUAAUGUUCACCCCGUAGUUGCUGCACAGCACCGUAGCGCUAAGCUCAAACCCAUCGACGCCAUCCACACAAUUGUUGGCCUGCAGGCGCCAUACUCGUCCCACAGCCACGUCCACAGCCCCGUCUCCUUCGAGAGCGGCAACAACCUCGAAUCUGAUGUCAGCCAUAGGAGGAUUGAGUGGACCGAGAGGGUCGUUGCCGAAAUGGAUGUAGUAGCCCGUCCACAUUCCAUCCGUCAGUUGCUUGGUGUCGUGAAAGAGAGCGACAGUAUGAAGCUGGUACCAGCUGUCCCACGCACUGAAAGACGUUAUCGAUCGACCGAGAAGCUCGAUGGCUCUUCGAGAGAAAGGCGCGGGAAUCCGGUACUGAUCGCCAAUCGGCCGCAGGGGAAUCUGAUUGACCGUCGGAAUGUCGACGUGAGGAACACGUGCUGCAUUGUUGAAUGGCCAAGCGGCAAGUCGAGUGCGCACGCCCACUCGAACGGUCAGUGCAAUCAUGCACAAACUCCACAGAAAGCCAGAGGGAUCGCCGUUGGCCCGCAGGUUCCACUGGCCCUCCAUCUUCAGGCUUUUCGUCAAUGACGGCAUGGAAUCAUCGGUGGCCAAGAUGGUCAUUGCGAUGCAGAAGAUCUGGCUAGGGUUCUGGUCGAGGCGGUAGCGCAGAGCAUCCACCCAGUUGCGUUCUGCGACGAAGGAAUGUUUGACCACGAGGAGUUCGGGGAGGAAGGCGAUGAACGUCUUCUGCGAUUCGAAGCUGUCGGGGUCCUGCGCCAGUAGUUUGAGUCGCUCGUCCGCGACGCAGUAUUUGGCCCAUGUGGUAGCGUCACUUCCAGCUCGCUCAGAGAUGGCCUCGAUAUCUAGCGAUUUACUGCUCCAGCCGGUUUCUUGAGAUGAGAUCAGCAUCGCCUUGAGGACCAGAGGGUCCCAGCAGGCGGCGCGAAGAGUGCGGCAUGUUGAGCUCAGUUUUAAUAUACUUGAUGGGUCAGUGAACGUGGCAAUGAGCGAGAUCAAUUCCCUUGGAAGCAAAUGAAGGUUGAUCGACAUCGUGAUGCCAGUUGCUGUUGGUA